AUGGUUACCGUCGCAGUCGCUGGAGGAGGCUCAGCCAUCGCCUCCAACAUCAUCAACGCCAUCCUCGCAACCAAGAAGCACCAACUCGUCAUCCUCUCUCGCUCCCCACGCCCCGAACUCGAAGCCCGAGGCGCCAUCGUCAAAGUCGUCGACUACGACUCCCACGAGCAGCUCACCAACGCUCUCCAAGGCGUCCACACCGUUCUCAGCUGCAUCUGGGCUUACGGCCCGGCCGUAGGCACCUUGCAAAUUGCUCUGCUAGAGGCAGCCAAAGAAGCCAAGGUGAAGCGCUUCGUGCCAUCGGAAUGGUCCAUCCCCGCAUACGACCGAGUCGCCUUUUACAAGGCCAAGGAGUCCGUCUGGGAGGCUGUGAAAAAGUCUGGGUUGGAGUACACGCGCUUCAUCAACGGCAUGUGGAUGAACAUCUGGGCCGCCGGCGCGCCGCGAGACGAAGAGGCUGGCCGGGCUGGAUACAAGGGCCCGUCCUUGAUAGUCGACAUCAACAGCGGCAGCGUCACCAUUCCGGGGGACGGCUCCAAGGUAAUCAGCGUGACGGACAUGCGAGACGUCGGCAAGUACGCCGCCGCGGCGCUGGAUUUCGAAAGGUGGGAUGAGGACAGCGUGAUUGUCGGCGACAAGUUUACCGUCAAUGAGCUCGUUGACAAGGUUGAAAAGAUUACGGGGAAGAAGUUUGACAAGUCGUACAUCUCGCUGGACGCUAUGGAGGCAGUGAUUGCUGGGGACGCGGAUCUGGGGACGCGGAUGAUUCAUGAGUUCCUCAAGAUUAUUGCUCUGGGAGAAUAUGACCUGACGCCUAAUGUCAACCAGAGGGUUCCAGAGGUGAAGCCACUCAAGAUUGAUGAGUUUUUGGCAACGCACUGGGCUGCGUGA